AUGGCUACAAAUACAUCAUUGUGUGCUAUAUGUAAUCUACGACAUCUUACCACAUCGUCCACACACUGGUGUCCAGAAUGUGAGGAAGCACUUUGCGUUGAAUGUAAAGAACAUCACAUUAUAUCGAAAGCUUCCCGGGGUCACAACGUCAUCCCUAUAUCAGAAUACAAUAGUUUACCUCCGUUCAUCGCCAGCAUCAACAUAUUCUGUACUUAUCACAAUGAGAAGUACACACAAUACUGUGUAAAGCACGAGGUUCCUAUUUGUUACAAAUGUAUCAAAGAACAUGGACACUGCGAUGAACUAACAAUUAUUGAAGAUGUUGCACUGGGCAUGAAAUCAUCCAAAGUGUUCAGAGAAAUGGAACAAAGUGUAAACGAUAUAAUGGUUAAUAUCAACCGAAUCCGAAGUGACAGGGAGUCCAAUUUGAAAAUCUUGAAAGUGAAAAAGACACAAAUCUUCGAAGUUGUAAGUCGCUUUAAAGAAACAAUUACACGGUACCUCGAUAGGUUGCAAGAAGAUUUCAUGACCGAACUUGACAAAGUAGAAGCGGAAUGUUGCGAUAAGAUCGAAUCAAUCGUUUCCUCACUCAAUGCUCAAUAUGAAGAGAUGAUUCAGUGCAACGCAGAAAUCGAAAACAUAAAGAAGUAUGUCUCCGAUAUACAAUCAUUUCUUGGUGUGAAAAAAAUCCAGAAGAACAUCACUCAAAAUGAGCAGUUGAUUCAGUCAAUGGUUCAAAAUAAACUUGUAGAAAAAGUCAGCUUGGAUUUUACCUUCGAUACUUAA